GCCGCCGUAUGCGAUACUGUCGCACACUUGGAGUGAAAAUAACGAGGAUGAAGUAAGUUAUGACGACUUGCGCAAUGAGACAGGGAGAGAGAAAAGCGGUUAUGCCAAGUUAAAGUUCUGUGCUGAGCAGGCUGCCAAAGACGGUCUUGAGCACUUCUGGGUCGAUACUUGCUGCAUCGACAAGUCAAGCAGCGCAGAGCUCUCAGAGGCUAUCACAUCCAUGUUCCGUUGGUACAAGAAUUCUGCCACAUGCUACGUGUACCUAGCAGAUGUUACGACGAAAAAGAGACGAUGCGGCCGAGAAUCGCCUGAACACGAAACGCCCACUGUCACUUGGAUGUCGGCUUUCCGGAACAGCAGAUGGUUCACUCGAGGUUGGACACUCCAAGAACUGCUCGCCCCUCGUAUUGUCCUCUUCUUCUCUCGCGAUGGAAAGCUGCUUGGUGACAAGUUCAGCCUAGAGCAAGAUAUCCACGACGUCACUCGCAUUCCCAUCUCUGCCGUUCGAGGAGCCCCCCUGCACAGCUUUUCUGUCGAUGACCGCAUGUCUUGGGCUGCGACUCGUAUCACAAAGAAGGAAGAAGACGGUGCAUACUCACUGCUUGGAAUAUUUGGCGUCAGCAUGGCACCGAUAUACGGAGAACAGCAGGCAGCGGCAUUUAGGAGGCUUCGGAAAGAAAUAAGGGAGAUUACACAGGAUCAAGUUUCGUCCUCGGACGGAGGGAAGAGGCAAGCGCUUAUGGAGUCGCUGCGAUUCGAUCAAAUUGACGCACGCUACGCUACGAUCAAAAACGCCCAUGCCAAGACAUGUAAGUGGUUGUUGCGAAAGUCGGAGCAUACUGAAUGGCUCGACCCGACAAGACUGUCCAGCCAUCACGGCUUCUUGUGGAUAAAAGGAAAACCAGGAACCGGGAAGUCAACAUUGAUGAAAUUUGCUUUCGGCCAGGCCAGCAAAUCAAGGAAGAGCAACAUUGUGAUCGCCUUCUUCUUCAACGCGCGAGGCGAGACUCUCGAGAAGACUAUCAUUGGGAUGUAUAGGUCGCUUUUGCUGCAGCUUCUUGAGAAGAUUCCUACUCUACAGUGCAAUUCCGGUUCGCUGAGUUUGGUACCCUCGAGUAUCAGCGCAGAUUAUCAGUGGACUAGGCACUCGCUCGAAGACCAGCUCCAGCAGGCUGUGUUGAGUCUUGGAGACACGCCCGUGAUUUGCUUCAUCGAUGCGCUUGACGAGUGUGAACAAUGGCAGGUUCGGAGCAUGAUUUCGUUCUUCGAAAACCUUGGCGAGCUCGCAGUCUCAUCCGGUAGGUCUUUUCGAGUCUGUCUUUCAAGUAGGCAUUAUCCUGAAGUCACAAUUCGGAGAGGCAUCAGCUUAGUGCUCGAAGGACAAGAAGGCCAUACCCAGGACAUCAACAACUACCUUGAGAGUGCGUUGAGGAUAGGGACCAGCGCAUCAGCACAAAAGAUCCGAAAGGAUCUGCAAGAGAAGAGUUCCGGUGUGUUCAUGUGGAUUGUGCUUGUGGUGGACAUCCUGAAUGAAGAGUAUGAUGGCGGACGUAUGCAUGCUCUGGAGCGAAGAUUGAAGCAAAUCCCCGCCGAUUUACACGCCCUGUUUCAGGAUAUACUCACACGCGACUCGAACGAUAAAGAAGAACUAAUACUGUGCUUACAGUGGGUGCUCUUUGCUAAAGAAUCAUUGCAACCGGAGCAGCUGUAUCUUGCGAUCCUUGCCGGAACUGAGCCUGAUGCACUCGCCACUCAGCAUGAUCAGGAAGUCACACUUGAAACAACUAGAAAGUUUUUGCUUAGAUCGUCCAAGGGUCUUACUGAGGUUACCAAAACCAAAAACAUAAAAGUCCAGUUCAUACACGAGUCGGUACGAGACUUCCUGCUCAAGGAGAAUGGACUCAGCAAGAUCUGGCCUGAGCUUGGGAACAAUUUUCAAGGCCUGAGCCACGAGCGACUGAAGCAGUGCUGUUUUAACUACAUCGGCUUCGACAUUGCCGCAUCUUUGGAGCUACCCGAAUACCUACCAAAAGCAUCCUUACCAGAGUCAGCGAACCUACGCAAGUCGGCAGUUGAGACAUUUUCCUUUCUAGAAUAUGCCAUCCAAAAUGUUUUGUAUCAUGCGAACAUAGCAGAAGGCGGAGGCAUCUCUCAAGUCGAGUUCCUGAACAGCUUCCCACUUCGUCGAUGGGUCAAGCUCGGUAACCUACUUGAGAAACACGAGGUGCGUAGACACACGCAAGGCGUUAACCUGCUUUAUAUACUAGCCGAGCUGAAUAUGGCAAAUCUGAUCAAAGUCCUCGGUUCAGCCAGCUGUUGUAUCGACAUUAUGGCUGAGCGCUACGGGUGUCCUCUUUUCGCCGCAGCUGCUAUGAGCAGUGAGGAGGUCGUGGAAGUGUUCCUAGAAUCCAAUGAGGUGCUAAAAGCCAAUAGCAGCCUUGUUGAAACAAUGGGCAAACAGCAUUCCAGGCAUCAGGCAGACCAGCGCGCCGCAAAACCGCCUGCUCCGAUCAACUUCAAGGAUCCUCUCAGCUACAACGACUUACUGCGUAUUGCAGUACAACAUUCACAUCUAGGCGUAGUCAAAGUGCUGCUAGAUAAGGGCGCUGAUGCUCGCGCGUACAGGCGAUGGCCCGCAGCAUUAUAUGAAGCUCCAUCGCAAGGCUUCAGCGAUGUCGUGGCGCUCUUACUGGAUAAUGGCGCUAAUCUUGACGCGCGAUUUGAGGGCGAGAACGCACUCUGUAUAGCCUCAGAGAAAGGCACAAUAGAUGUUGUAGUGCUGCUGUUAGACAGGGGCGCUGAUGUCAAUGCGCGGGGUGGACACUAUGGAAACGCACUCCAGGCAGCUUCAGCUCGCGGCCACAAAGACAUAGUGGCAAUACUACUAGAGAAGGGCGCUGAAAUCAAUGCGCGGGGUGGAUAUUACGGCGACGCACUCCAGGCGGCUUCGUUUUAUGGCUAUAAGGAAACCGUGGCGCUACUACUAGACCAGGGCGCUGACAUUAAUGCGCGAGAUGGACGGUAUAAUAGCGCACUUCAGGCGGCUUCGGCUUCACGCAGUAGCUGCAAAGAGGUCGUCGCGCUGUUACUGGAUAAGGGCGCUGACGUUAACAUGUACGGUGGAUUUUAUAAGAGCGCACUCCAUGCAGCUGCGUGUUUUGGCCACAAAGAGAUAGUAGCGCUGCUACUAGACAAGGGCGCUGACUUUGGCAACGUCCUCCAGACAGCUUCAGCCAGGCCCAUUGAGGAGAUCAUGGAGGCGUUGCAGAAGCAAAGCGAAGCAGGGACAUCUAAGUAA